AUGUAUUCUGAUGUUGAAUUCGAUGCCAACCCACACUGCGAAAACUGCAAAGGCGAUAAAGUUCAGAGAAAGUCCUCCUAUUUUGGAAUUAUUGCCAUUUAUUGUCUCUGGUGGUGUGGAAUCGGACUUUUGAUUUUCAAACUAUCAAUGAUGGAUUACUGUGAAAACUGUUACUAUAUAAACUUUAUGAAGAUGGCAAGACCGAAAAGAAUGUUAUCGCUCGUCGUAGAUGACAGAUCUCAAUUGGAAAUGCCACCGGUUAGUGCAGAUACAAUGAAGAAAAAAUUUGCUGAGAACUUAUUGCAAAAGUAA